GCUGCGCCACUGGAGCCUGCCCGUGGUGGGAGAGGAGGAGAAGGAGGAGGAGGAGGAGGAGGGACUUCGGCAGCGGCAACAACUGACGUGUCCCCGCCAUGGAGCUCGGCGUGAUUCAUCAGCGGCGGCGGGGCGACAGCGGUGUGCCGCGCACCGUCCCCGCUUAGGCACGGCCGCAGCGGGGGCAGCCCCGGCACCGCACUGCCAGACGCACCACCCUCCGCUUCCUCUUCUUCCUCCUCCUCGCCGCCCGGUCCUCUCCCCCGUGGCUUCGCGAGGAUCCCAGAGGAGGCAAGAUGGAAGAAAUCCUGCGAAAGCUGCAGAAGGAGGCGUCGGGAAGCAAGCAUAAGGCUAUCAAGGAGAGCUGCACCUGGGCCAUCGAAACCUUGGAUUCUCCAGAUGCUGCCAAGAUACCUCCGUAUAAGCUAAGGGAGAAGUGUCUCCUUCCUCUGCAACUGGCUCUGGAAUCAAAAAGCAUGAAGCUGGCCCAACAAGCUCUAGCAGGGAUGCAGAAGCUGCUGUCUGAUGAGAGGUUCGUAUCCGUGGAAACAGACUCGGAUGAGAAACAGUUGCUUAAUCAGAUGCUGAAUGCUGUCAAAGUGACUCCUUCACUCAACGAAGACCUGCAGGUUGAAGUGAUGAAGGUCUUGCUCUGUAUAACAUAUACCUCCACAUUUGAGCUGAAUGGGAGUUCAGUGUUGAAGAUUGCUGAGGUUUGCAUUGAGACAUAUGUCUCUAGCUGUCACCAGCGGAGCAUUAACACCGCUGUGCGGGCAACCCUCAGCCAAAUGUUGAGUGACUUGACUUUACAGUUACGACAAAAGCAAGAAAACAUGACAAUUGAAAACCAUGAUGGCUUGCAGAAAUUCAAGAAUCAAGGUGCUUCAGCUGAGUCUCUUUGUGAUGAUGUUGUAUCUGUCCUCACUGUGCUCUGUGAGAAGCUCCAGGCUGUCAUAAAUGACAAUCGGCAACUUCAGCUUCUUUACUUGGAGUGCAUCCUCUCCAUGCUAAACAGCUCCUCUCCCAGCAUGCACCAGCACAAAGGAUUCACUGAUCUAAUAUGGAAGCAACUGUGUCCAGCCCUAGUAGUAAUCCUGGGAAACCCAAUCCAUGACAAAACUAUCACCUCUGCCCACAGCAGCAUCUGCCUUGAGGCUGAUUCACUUUCCUCAGGGAUCUCUGAUCAUGGCCGGGGUUCAGGUUGUUCCUCCACAGCACCUGCCCUUAGUGGGCCUGUUGCACGGACUAUAUAUUACAUUGCAGCAGAACUGGUUCGCCUGGUGGGCUCAGUGGAAUCCAUGAAGCCUGUGCUGCAGUCUCUUUAUCACCGGAUAUUGCUUUAUCCACCGCCUCAGCACCGAGUAGAAGCCAUCAAAAUUAUGAAAGAGAUACUUGGCAGUCCUCGGCGGCUUUGUGAUUUGGCAGGGCCCUGCUCUUCUGAGUCUGAAUCCAGGAAGAAGCCUAUUUCUAAAAGGAAGUCCCAUCUGGAUCUUCUUAAGCUUAUCAUGGAUGGGAUGACAGAAGCAUGCAUCAAAGGUGGUAUUGAAGCAUGUUACGCUUCAGUGUCCUGUGUCUUUGCCCUGCUUGGAGCAUUAGAUGAGCUGAGCCAAGGGAGGGGUCUUAGUGAAGAGCAGGUCCAGCUGCUACUCCGACGCUUAGAAGAAUUGAAGGAUGGAACUGAGACAAGCAGAGACUCCAUGGAGAUCAAUGAUGCUGACUUUAGGUGGCAGAGGCAAAUCCUGUCCUCAGAAAAUCCUGCCUGGGAAUCAGGAAAUGAGAAGAGUCCUGACAUUAGCAUUAGCGUUACCACGGACACUGGCCAGACCACUCUGGAAGGAGAUAUGGGGCAAACAACUCCAGAGGAGAAUCCAGAAUGUGCAAAAAUCUCACUGCCAUCUCCAGCUGUACACGAGAGCAAAGAGAUUCAUUACAGAGAACCGGAGUCAGAAACUAUCGACCCGCCAGAUGUUGUUCAGAGAAGCCACACCAUAGUCUAUCCAGAUAUAACUAACUUCUUAUCAGUUGAUUGCAAGACCCGGUCCUAUGGGUCCAGAUACAGUGAAAGUAACUUCAGUGUAGAUGACCAGGACCUAUCUAGGACUGAGUUUGAUUCAUGCGAUCAGUAUUCCAUGGCAGCAGAGAAGGACUCGGGCAGGUCAGAUGUCUCAGACAUAGGCUCUGACAAUUGCUCCCUGGCUGAUGAGGAGCAGACACCACGGGAUUGUCCAGGUCACAGGUCCUUACGUACUGCUGCUCUCUCUCUGAAACUGCUGAAAAACCAAGAAGCAGACCAACACAGUGCACGGCUCUUCAUCCAGUCUCUGGAAGCUCUUCUUCCUCGGCUGAUAGCUCUUCCCAGCAUAGAGGAGGUGGAUGGAGCGCUGCAGAGCUUCUCUUCUACAUUCUGCUCAGGUAUGAUGCACUCACCAGGAUUUGAGGGAAACCUAAAUUUCAGCUUCCAGACUUUGAUGAACGCAGACAGUCUCUACAUGGUCUCACAUUACACUCUGCUGCUCAACCUAAAAUUGGCCAACUCGGAUUACUACAGGAAGAAGCCAGCCCAAGCCCCUGUGUUACUGAAGGAGUUCAUGAAGCAGAUCCAGUCCAGUGGAGUGUUGAUGGUAUUUUCCCAGACUUGGGUGGAAGAACUGUACCACCAAGUACUAGAAAGGAACAUGUUGGGGGAAGCUGGAUACUGGGGAAGCCCUGAAGAGCACAGCCUUCCACUUAUCACCAUGUUGACUGAUAUCGAUGGCUUGGGAAGCAGUGCAAUUGGUGGCCAAUUGAUGGCUUCUGCUUCAGCUCAAUCUCCUCUUUCUCAAAACCAGAAGACAGAUGAUUCUGUUGUUGCAGGAGUUGCUUUUGCCCGUUACCUUUUAAUUGGCUGUUGGAAGAACUUGAUUGACACAUUGUCCACACCACUGACUGGCCGCAUGGCAGGCAGCUCCAAGGGGCUGGCCUUCAUCUUGGGAGCAGAAGGAGCCAAGGAGCAGAACCAAAAGGAGAAGGACUCUAUUUGUGUGAGCCUGGAUGGACUGAGGAGGGCAGCCCGGCUGAGCUGUGCUCUAGGAGUUGCUGCUAACUGUGCAUCUGCUCUUGCCCAAAUGGCUGCUGCCUCCUGUGUCCAGGAAGAGAAAGAGGAAAAAGAAAUCCAAGAACCCAGUGAUACUAUAGCUCAGGUGAAACAGAAAGUUGAGCAGAAACUGGAGCAGAUGGGGAAAGUGCAGGGAGUCUGCCUGCACACUGCUCAUGUUUUGUGUAUGGAUGCAGUCCUUAAUGUGGGCCUGGAGAUGGGAAGCCACAACCAGGACUGUUGGCCUCAUGUGUUCAGGGUGUGUGAGUACAUCAGCACGCUGGAGCACACACACUUUAGUGAUGGUGCUUCCCAACCCUCCCUUACCAUUACCCAGUCACAGCAGGCCACUGGAGGGCUGCACUCAGACUCUGACUCUGGGGAAUCUCCCCAGGCACUGACUCCACAGCAGGAGACCACCCUCAGCAGCAAUCCUGUCAUUCAGCCGGUUUCUAUCCAAGAACUCAUCAAGGAAAGCAGUAAGGGCAGAGCUUUUGACUUCCGUGGAGGCAGCCUGCUGUGUGGGACCAGUGCUGCCAAGGCUGUUCUCACACUCUCCACACAAGCUGACAGGCUCUUUGAAGAUGCUGCUGACAAGUUAAACUUGGUGGCAUUGGCAGGCUUCCUUUACCAACUCAAGAAGGCUUCUCAGUCCCAACUUUUCCAUUCAGUCACAGACACAGUCGAUUAUUCCCUAGCAAUGCCAGGUGAAGUAAAAUCAACCCAGGACAGAAGAAGUGCACUUCACUUGUUCCGACUUGGUGAUGCCAUGCUCAGAAUUGUGAGGAGUAAAUCUCGCCCUUUGCUUCACCUCAUGCGCUGCUGGAGCCUGGUUGCACCUCACCUUGUAGAGGCUGCCUGUCAUAAGGAGAGACACGUGUCUCGGAAGGCUGUCUCCUUCAUCCACGACAUCCUCACUGAAGUGCUGACAGACUGGAAUGAGCCUGCUCAUUUUCACUUUAAUGAGGCACUUUUCCGCCCAUUUGAGCAUAUAAUGCAGCUGGAGCUAUGUGAUGAAGAUGUCCAAGACCAGGUGGUCACCUCUAUAGGAGAGCUGGUGGAAAUGUGUUCUACUCAGAUCCAGUCAGGAUGGAGACCUCUGUUCAGUGCCCUGGAAACAGUGCACAGCAGCAGCAAAUCAGAGGUUAAAGAGUACCUUGUAGGAGAAUACUCUAUGGGGAAACGCCAGGCUCCCGUGUUUGAUGUCUUUGAAGCAUUUUUAAACACAGACAGCAUCCAAGUCUUUGCCAAUGCUGCCACCAGUUAUAUUAUGUGCCUUAUGAAGUUUGUCAAAGGACUGGGGGAAGUAGAUUGUAAGGAGAUGGGUGACUGUGUGCCAGGAUCAGGAUCUGCAUCUACAGACUUGUGCCUUCCCGCGCUUGAUUACCUCAGGAGAUGUUCUCAGUUGUUAGCCAAAAUCUAUAAAAUGCCCUUGAAGCCCAUCUUCCUCGGUGGCCGGCUGGUUAACUUGCCCCGGAGAGUGCAGGAGCAGUCAGCCAGCAGUGAGGAUGGCAUGGAGUGCAUCCUUUCUGACUUUGAUGAUGACACUGGCCUUAUCAAUGUCUGGAUUAUCCUCCUGGAAGAAUUAACAAUUGCCAUAUCCAACUGUCCCCGUCAGCACCAGCCUCCUACUUUGGAUCUGCUCUUUGAAUUGCUGAGGGAUGUUGCCAAGACACCUGGACCAGGAUUUGGCAUUUAUGCAGUUGUACAUCUUCUUCUUCCCACGAUGUCUUUUUGGCUCCAUCGCAGCCAUGGUGACCAUUCUUACUGGGAUGUGGCGUCUGCUAAUUUCAAGCAUGCCAUUGGCCUUUCCUGUGAGCUGGUAGUGGAGCACAUUCAAAAUUUCAUACACUCAGAUAUUGGGUAUGAAAAUAUGAUCAAUACUAUGCUGAAAGACCUUUUCAAGUUGCUGGUAGCCUGUGUAGCAGAACCAACAGAAAUUAUUUCCAGAGUUGGCUGCUCUUGUAUCAGGUACGUGUUAGUAACAGCAGGGCCUGUUUUUACCGAAGAGAUGUGGAGGCUCGCAUGCUGUGCCUUGCAGGACGCAUUCUCUGCCACUCUGGAGCCAGUAAAGAACCUGUUGGGCUAUUUCCACAGUGGUUCUGAAAGCUUUAGUGGAGAUGCCUGCGAAGUGAAGGUGGCAGCUCCCUCCCUCUCGCCAAGUGCUGAAGCUGAAUACUGGAGAAUCAGAGCCAUGGCACAACAGGUCUUCAUGCUGGAGACUCAGUGUUCCCCAAAGACUCCUAGCAACAAAGAAGGGUUUGAACAUGCCCAGUCAUGUGUGCUCAUCAUUGACCUGCCACCAGAUAAGAAACCAAAUGGGCAUACCCAGAGAAGUAUUCCUUUCAGAACAAUAGUGGUGAGCUUGCUGUCCCACCAAGUACUGCUCCAGAAUUUAUAUGACAUCUUGCUGGAAGAAUUUGUGAAAGGCCCUUCUACCUUCGAGGAGAAAAUGACAGUGCAAGUACCAGAAAAUAAGCUGGCUGGCUUUCUCAGGUACAUCUCCAUGCAAAAUCUGGCUGUUAUCUUUGACUUACUGCUGGACUCAUACAGAACAGCCAGAGAGUUUGACACUAGACCUGGGUUGAAGUGUUUGCUGAAGAAAGUUUCUGGCAUUAGUGGAGCUGCCAACUUGUAUCGCCAGUCAGCAAUGAGCUUUAACAUCUACUUCCAUGCUUUGAUUUGUGCAAUCCUGACAAACCAGGAGAGCAUCACUGCAGAGCAAGUGAAAAAGAUCCUCUUUGAAGAUGAUGAGAGAAGCACAGAUUCCUCACAGCAGUGUUCUUCAGAAGAUGAAGACAUUUUUGAAGAAACUGCCCAGGUCAGUCCCCCCCGAGGGAAGGAGAAGAGGCAGUGGAGGGCUCGAAUACCAUCGCUGAGUGUGCAGCCUAUCAGCAACGCGGACUGGGGAUGGCUGAUCAAGCGGCUUCAUAAGCUCUGUAUGGAACUCUGCAACAACUAUAUCCAGAUGCAUCUGGACCUGGAGAAUAAUGUAGAAGAGGCUCCAGUGUUCAAAGGUGACUCUUUCUUCAUUUUACCAUCCUUCCACUCAGAAACCUCCACCCCAUCAACUGGAGGGCAAUCUGGGAAGGACACACCAUCGGAAGAUGACCGGAGUCAGAUCAGGGACCAACUGGGAGACUGUCUGACACCCCGAGGAGGAAGUGGAGAAAUGUUGCUGCUACCCCCUCCCCUAAGUCCUAAACCAGAGAAAAAAGAGCAAACCAGGAAAAAAGAAUGGUGGGAGAGUGCUGGCAACAAGAUCUACACUAUAGCCACUGACAAAACUAUCUCCAAGCUCAUGACAGAAUACAAGAAAAGAAAGCAGCAACAGGCCAUGACAUCCUUCACCAAAGAGGUCAAAGUGGAAAAGAAAGGGGAGUUCAUGGGCUCAAGAGGGCCAGACUCACCCAUACUCCAGCGGCCACAACAUCUUAUAGAUCAAGGUCAAAUGAGGCAUUCAUUCAGUGCUGGUCCUGAGAUCCUGAGACAAGAGAAGAGACCACGCUCAGGAUCCACAGUCAGCUCCCUGAAUAUAUCUGUUAGGGAUGCCGAGGCCCAGAUACAGGCAUGGACCAACAUGGUGCUGACAGUCCUCAACCAGAUUCAGGCCCUGCCAGACCAGACUUUUGCAGCCCUGCAGCCAGCAGUGUUCCCCUGUAUCAGCCAGCUGACUUGCCACGUGACAGACAUCCGUGUCCGCCAGGCCGUGCGGGAGUGGCUGGGAAGAGUGGGACGUGUUUACGAUAUCAUCGUUUAAACCUAGCUGUGGGCUGUUGCAAAGGGGGCAAGACAUCCAAGGUAUACAGCUAAGAAGUAUUUGGGGUUCAUUCAUUGCCUAUUUGUUGGUGAUAAUCUAAGAAACAGUGAGCUUGUCGGUGUAUAUCCUCUAUCCACUUGAGCCUGUGUCCCCCUCACUCACGCUAGCAAAGGAGGCAAGGUGUAAGUGUGUCCAGGGGGGUCUGGAAUAGCCCCAGGCAAUGCCAGUAUAUCAAGCUGGUGCCUAAAGAAGUGACACAUUUCAGUAGCCUUCAUUUAAAUUCAAAUUUGCAACAGUGGGAGCCACACUAAACUGCAGCAGAAACCUCCACCCAUGCAGUUAGCUGUGAAUGCAACUGUCAUCUGGAAGUCAAACCAGGCCAGUAAGCCUAUGUAGCUGUUCUAAAGAAAGUCAGGGAAAAGGUGGGGUUAUAGGACAAAUGAAAAGGUGACACUUCCCCCUUCUGAGAUUAGCAUGAAAGAGGAAAGCCUAAUAAGAUAACUGCAGUAACUGUAUGCCUCACUCACUAGAGAAAGUGGAAAUAUAUUUUGCUUUGAGAAGAACCUUUGAAAUCUGGUCACAUCUGGGGUAUCUAUUGAGUGACUAUGAAAGUAUCCUAGGUCUAAAACUGGUGAACCAGUACAGAUAAGUCAUCCUUUCACUGCUCUUGUGGAGUACGGCUUGAAGAGAAAUGACACUGUCAAGCUGCUCUCCUUACAACACUACCCUGGCUGCCUCUUCAGCUAUGUUAACAGCUGAUCAUUUUCCACUUGUCUAAUUCUCCACUGAGGGCAACCAGGAAGUUUAUUUUGCUGUUUCCUUUGAAGCUGGGGGGAAAGGCACAGCACAGAGCAAAUACCAGCAUGUGUCAACAUCCAGCAUUCAACUGAACAGAGUAGAGAUGAGUGUUCCAGUUAAAGCAGUACUGCAAAGUUAGCUUAUGCUUCUACUGGAAAUUUCUGUUUGCUUCUAUAGAGCUGCUGUAGCCAGGAACACCUUUAUCACCUGUGGUAAACCUAGCCUAUCACUCCACAUUGAGCUGAAUUAAGAUGGAAAAUAGCCUGGAAGGAAGGCACCUUUUUCUCUUCACUUUCUUGUCUGCUGCUGUAAAUAGAGGGGACAGAUCCUCAUGGAGGCACCUCCCGCUCUCUGCAGCACUCACAGGGACUACUACAAUUUGCUGAUAUUACUAAGAAGGAGAAAGGAAAAGAUUUGCUAUUGUGUUAUUGAUUACAUACACAAUGCUCUUCACACUAGACACAGCAAAGGGUUACCGUGCUGCACAAGUUAGGUCAAAGCCCUGGGAUGUUCCUUCUUAUACUCCCACACUAAGUCAUUUGUUGAUUAGAAGUUGAAAUAAUUUGUUGAAAAUAAGUUCACUUUAAUCUUGGGUGACCCCUUAAUGUAUUCUCCCAAGGCUUUUAAAAUGUGCACACCAACUAAAUAUACAGCUUCAGCCUCUGCUCCAAGGCAUCCUCAAAAUGGUAUCUCUCUAUGUCAGGCCUGGAUUUGCACAAUUAACUGCUUAUAGCAUCUUGAACCUAGAAAAACAGAGGGAGCCAAGAGGUUCCACUGAACAGCCAUCACUCAAUCUGAUGUGUUCAUAAAGAGUCUACCACUAUCCUCCUGUCUUUUCCCUUCUUCCCUCCUUUUGCACCCACAAACCAGACAGCAGUAGCUACCCAAAGUGAGGAUUUACUGUAACAAAAAUUACUCAGCACUCCUUCCAACAACUAAACUACAAGUUCAGAUGUUUGUCAGGAAUCUACCACUAUACAACUAAUUAAGCUUUAACCUUAAGGAAUAUUCUUUUUAGAACGAUAAAUCAGAAUGUGCAUGCACUCACUCACAAAGGGGAAAAUCCCACUUAAGGGUACCCAAAAUACACACUCACCAAAGGGAGGUGAGGACUCACUCAAUCUGCAGAAGUAUCCUUAGAUGGUGUCUUACUCUGAGGGGAGAGGGUCCAACUAAGGCUGCUUGCUUUGAGGGCAACCAACUCAAAAUAACUCUAAUGGGACUUCAUUUAUACCUGAGUCACGGGUGCACUGUGGUC